CUUGGGUGGCUUCUCCUCCUCGAGCAGCUGAGAACCAGCAUCAUGAAGUGGGUGAUAGUGGCCUUGCUCUGCCUGCCGCUCUUGGAGGCGGCACAGAUCAAGAUCCCCCUGAGGAAGUUCAAGUCCAUCCGAGAGACCAUGAGGGAAAAGGGCGUGCUGGGGGACUUCCUGAAGACCCACAAGAAGGACCACGCCCGGAAGUUUUUCGGCAACAACUUCGGCGACUACAGCGUCCUGUUUGAGCCCAUGACCUACAUGGAUGCUUCCUACUUUGGUGAGAUCAGCCUUGGGACACCACCCCAGAGCUUCCAGGUCUUGUUCGACACCGGUUCCUCCAACCUGUGGGUGCCAUCCGUCUAUUGCAAGAGCCUGGCCUGCACCACUCAUCCCCGCUUCAACCCCAGCAAGUCAUCUACCUACACCUCUGCUGACCAGACCUUCUCCCUGCAGUAUGGCACUGGCAGCCUCACUGGCUUCUUUGGCUACGACACAAUGACCGUCCAAGAAACCCAGGUGCCCAAGCAGGAGUUUGGCCUCAGUGAAAACGAGCCCGGCAGCAACUUUGUCUAUGCUGAGUUUGAUGGCAUCAUGGGUCUGGCCUACCCCAGCCUGUCGGUAGGGGGCGCCACCACCGCCCUGCAGGGCCUGUUGCGGGAGGGCGCCCUCUCGCAGUCGCUCUUCAGCGUCUACCUGGGCAGCCAGCAGGACACUACCAACGAAGGGGGCGCGCUCAUCCUGGGCGGUGUGGACGAGAGCCUGUACUCGGGGGAGAUCUCCUGGACCCCCGUCACGGAGGCACUCUACUGGCAGAUUGGCAUUGAAGACUUCCUCCUUGACGGCGAGGUCUCCGGCUGGUGCUCCCAAGGCUGCCAGGGCAUCGUGGACACGGGCACCUCGCUGCUCACUGUGCCCCAGGAGUACCUGAGCACCCUGAUGCAGGCCAUAGGAGCCCAGGAGAACGAGUUCGGAGAGUACAUGGUGGACUGUAACAGCAUCCAGAACCUCCCUACCCUGACCUUCGUCAUCAGCGGCGUACAGUUCCCUCUGUCACCCUCAGCCUACAUCCUCAAUAUUGACCAGUAUUGCAUGGUGGGGCUCGAGUCCACCUACCUGUCCUCUGAAAACGGCCAGCCCUACUGGAUCCUUGGGGACGUCUUCCUGAGGUCCUACUACUCCGUCUUCGACAUGGCCAACAACAGGGUGGGCUUUGCCACUGCCAUCUAGACGAGCUCCCUGGGCCCUGGACACCCUCCUGGGGCCCCCAGCUCAUGCGGCUUUCCUCUGUACAUCCCUUCCUGGGUUCAGCUCCCCUUUUCUGGACCCUGGGCUUUCUCUAAUAAUAAAUAGCUCUCCAU